AUGACGUCGGCGCCGGCCGAUUCAAUGGAGUGCUCUACAGAGGUCUGUGAAGCCUUCAAAAGCCCUCACAGCGCAUGCGCCGUCGGCGCUGUGACCCCUUCGGUCUCGGAUAUGGCCGCUACACCCGACUCCAAGCGGACACUCCUCUCGUCGCAGCCCGCGGUGUCCGAUGCAGGAACGCUGCAGGAUAACCCGGAACAGGCAAACCUAGACUGGUUCGUCGACACCAUCGGAUGCCCUCCUUCCGCAGGUGAGGAUCACGCUACGAGCUCAUCCGCUUGGCAGUCGUCAGUCGUCGUCAAAACUGAAGAACCACAAGUGAAACUGAAGACCAGCGCCGUGACAGACAAAACCGACCGGGAAAGCGCCCUGGAGAAUUUGGUCGUCGUCAAAACUGAAGAACCACAAGUGGAACUGAAGACCAGCGCCGUCUGGGAAAGCGCCCUGGAGAAUUUUUCCAUACUCAAUGACGAGGCGCGUUCACUGACCGAAGGCAACGCAGGAAUCUGCGUGGAGAUCGCAGUGCACACUGUGGGGGCGUCCAACAGUGUAAUUACGUCGCUGGAGUCUCCAGGGACGAGUACCAAAACGUUGUUUUCGAUUUCCCUGUUGCAGGCAGGCGAUAGCACUAAUGCGAACGUCCACGAAAGGUCCUCGGCGCUGAAUGAGGACAACGCUUUACCGUCGACGUCUCCAUCCUCUUACGCCAAGCCAAGUGAUGUCGAGAAGUGCGCAGUGCCGAGCGACCGUGAGACGGCGUCUCCGUCGUCCGUAAGAACUAGUGGCAGAGUAAGGGCUCGCAAGGAGUCAGCACUGCAGUCCAGUGACAACGCGUCGCCUUCGACGUCGUCAGUCAAGACAGACACCGAUGACAAGUGUGCAGGGCCGAGUGGCCACGUCACGGCAUCGUCGCGCGUGGGCCACGGAACGAAGCAGCGGAUGAAAGAAGUGCCCAGUGACAACGAGUUGUCCCAACAGUCUUCGCCGCCGUUAGUGACGACAAACGCGAGCCACCCCGACGCAGCCACUACACCCGAGGCGGCUGAGACGAGUGUGCAGAAGAGCGCUGGCCGUGGAAGUUCCGGCAAGAGGGUUGUGCGUAAGCCUCUUCGCUUUGGCGACGAGGCGUCUCCGUCGCCCGUAGGAAGUAGUGGCAGAGGAAGGGCCCGCAAGAAGUCAGCAAUGCAUUCCAGUGACAACGCGUCACCGUCGACGUCAUCAACCAAGACAGACAGCGAUGACAAGUAUGCAGGGCCGAGUGGCCAUGCCACGGCAUCGUCACGCGUGGGCCACGGAACCAAAACAAGCACCGCCAAGAAGCAGCGCAUGAAAGAAGUGCCCAGUGACAACGAGUCGUCCCAAGCGUCUUCGCUGCCGUCGGUGACGACCUACGCAGCCACUACACCCAAGGCGGCCGAGACGAGUGCACGGAAGAGCGAUUGCCACGGAAGUUCCGGCAAGAGGGUCUCGCGUAAGCCUCUUCGGUUUGACGACGAGGGUGCUCCUCCUUCUAAGAAGGAAAAGGCCACAGAUACCGGCCGCUCACCGGCAUUGCGUCAAACAACUUUGCCCUUCGCCGGUGGUGAUAACGUCGACAAAGUGACUUGGUGCAAGGACUGCCGGAAGAGGCUCAACCCUUCAGAAGUUGUCUUCUUCAAAGGUGACCCUGAAGGCGCCGUGGAAGAGUUCGUCGCCAUCAUCGACCCUCGGCUCACGUCGUCGCUUUGCAGCCAGGAUGAGCUCACCGAGCAACCUCAAUUUAAGAUCACACUGUUCACUGUGUACGACGAGCAUGGUCACGUGUGUCCCUUCGACGGUGGCCUAAUCAAUGCCAACGUGGCGCUCUACCUUAGCGGUCACGUGAAAAGCAUCUGCGCCGAAGACCCCGGAGUCCAGGACAGCGUGGCUGUCGCGAGGGCGGGUCCCAUCGGGUCCUGGUGGACCACAGGAUACGACGGUGGCGCCAACGUCGUGCUCGGCCUGACAACGGAGUACGCCGAUUACGUGCUCAUGACACCAAGCGCUCAAUACGAGCCGUACGUGAAGCGUAUGCAAGAGAAGACCUACCUGAUCAGGGGCGUUCUGGAGAAGCUCAUCGAGUGCGAUGGCGACGCGAGCUUCAACGACGUUAUGCACCACCUAGAGUCCCUGGGCGACCUGCCGAGCGACGUGGGACCUUUCUCGCUGGAGACGUUGCACCGGCAUUCGCAGUUCGUCGUGGACCACGUUCAGGCUUACGACAUUGCGGGUGACGCCAACAAGGGCACACCGCUGCUGGACAGCGCCUUCAUCUGCGAGCUUAUGCGUCUCACUGGAGCUUUCGUCAGGGAUGCGCCCGAAGGAAGAACGCUGACGCCCAUGGUGCGAAAGGUUAGCAAGAAGCUCGAGCCGAAAGCGGAAUUCGUCAUGCCUGUGGUGCGCAUGACGCUAGGAAAACUCCGCGAGGCCACUGACAGUUCUGCAAAGAAAUCGGGGCUCCUGAGGAAGAACAGGUGUGGCCUGUGCGAACCCUGCCUGGCACCCGAAUGCAAGUUGUGCGUUUUUUGCCGCAACAUGAAGAAGUACGGAGGACCCGGCACGUUUAAGCAGUGCUGCAUUAGGAGGCGAUGCCAGCUGAGGGAGUGCCCGGACAGUGCCGACUGCGCGGGCAUCGACUCCAUGGACCACGAAGUCUCAAGGCUUCCCGAUGAACCCUUCGCGCAGAGGGAAUUCUUUAAAAGAUAUGGCAUCGACUGUACUUGGACCGGAGAUCUGUUGGAGACGACUGCAGGGAAGACUUUCUACUCGUCCUGUCGUAUUGGAAGCGACCUGAGCCUGUCUGUCGGAGAUGACGUCACUGUGCUUUCAUCUGUGCACGACACUAAGCGCUACGUUGGCCGUGUCACGCAGCUUUACGCUGACAGCGAGGGCAAAAAGUUGGCCCACGUCAUUUGGUUCAGACGUUACGAAGAUACCGUUCUGGGCAGUUCCUUCGCCGAUGUCAGUGGCGAACUUUUUUCGACGACGGAAUGUGACGCGGUGCCCUUGGCAGCUAUUAGGAACGUCUGCCGCGUUGUUUUCCGUGGGUUAGACUGUGGCGACGACGACGUAUCGGGGCUUAAAGAAUACAAGUUCUUCUACAGGUUCCAGUGCCAUGCGACGACGUGUACUUUCACGGCGGCGGAUGUUGAAGGCCCAAGUUGCGCAUGUUCUCAGCAAGAAAAGCGCGCGAAGAUGUUCGCAAAUGUUUCGAAUGAAAAAGGUGGUUGCUUCUUCGUGAAGCCUGAUGCCAUCCGCAUUCCCCUGAACUCGAAGCUAAGGGACGCAACCCCGGAAGACAAGUCUGCGCAGCGACUGUCGGGCGACGAGUUUACUGAAAGGUACAGGAAGAUUCUGUAUCCUCCAAAGAUAGAGGAAUGCAGCUCACCGGACCCGUAUCGAAUUUGCUACGUUUUGCCUGACAAGAGGCGGCGCUUGAUGGACUCACCUCUCAUUGUUCAGCCCUUCUACAGAGAUUACGAAGUCCACAGAGGUUCCAGAGACAUGAUUCGUCUUUACCUUUCGCCAACGUCUUUCCCUAUUGCUCACACUGACGUUGUUGCUCCAUGUGAAGUGGUACACAGCGAUGGUGGCUUCGUGGGAACCCCUUUCGACAUUGUGCGGCCUCCGUUCUACUUCUCGCAGUGCUACGACGCGGAGCGAGACACAUUUACGGAACCAACUGACGAGGCGAAGCAAAUUGGCCGCGAUAUUCGUACCAGCGCCAUUAAAGUUCAUGUUGCUCUCAAAAGCGUCGACGUCUACUGUGGUUGCGGUGGCUUGUCUCUGGGCCUGGCGCGUUCUGGCGUCGCGGAAACUGUGCUCGCGCUCAGUGACAACGAGCACCACUUGAAGACAUUUUCCCUGAAUUUCCCGCUCGUGGCCACACCUUUUUUGUGUCCUUCAAAGGUACUUAAAGAUCUUCAUGCGGGCACGGUUACUCGUUGCCUGGCAGGCUUGAAGAGAGGUGAGAUCGGCCUGGUCUGCGGGAGCCCGUCGUUCGAGUUCAAGAAGAACAGCGACGGGGCGGCGCCGGUGAACUCUCAGCUGCUCACCUUCCUAGGCUUCUGCGAGUUCUUAGACCCAAUGUACGUGGUCCUCGUGGCCGAGAGACGUGCAGUCAAGUAUCACAAUGGGUCAGCGCUUGCUCUGGCGCUCAAGUCCCUUCUGGACCUCGGGUACCAGACGUCCUGCAGCAUGCUCCAGGACGGCUGCUAUGGGAUUCCGCAGAGGCAUCGGCGCCUCGUCAUCUUUGGCGCAAAGCGCGGACUCGCGUGCUUGCCUGCUUUUCCAGCGGCCACGCACGCCUUCGAUGUCCCGGAAAGGCACUUGUCCUUCGCCGUUGACGGCAGGGCCUACGCGAGCCCUAUGGUGGCCACGUCGACUGCGCCGUAUCCGAGGACCACAUUGAGGGACGCCAUCGGUGACCUCUGCAGUCGCAAUGGAGCGGGGCCCGUGACGGACUUUCACAAUUUCCUUGAGAGAAGUUGCGAACCGAGCAACACCGAUUGUGUCAAGAAGAUGACGCCAAUGGCCCAGGCGAGGAUAGCGCUCAUUCCUACGGCUCGUGGAUCGGACUGGCGCGACUUGCCCAACCGGGAGGUCCAGCUGAGCGAUGGCACCACCGCGUACCGCCUCGUCUACACCCACAAGUGCUCGGCGAGCCCGUACGGACGCCAGCGGGGCGUGUGCUCGUGCGCCGAGAAUGACCGGGCUCAGUGCGACCCCAUGUACCGCCAAGAGAACACGCUCAUCCCUUGGAGCCUCGUGCACACGGGACACCGCAGCGGCCAGUGGAGCGGCGUCUAUGGUCGGCUGCAAUGGGACGGCUACCUGCACGGCGUCGUGGCGAACCCCGAACCGCUGAGCAAGCAGGGACCGGUCAUACACCCCGAAGAGGACAGGGUCCUCAGCGUGCGCGAGUGCGCUAGGAUUCAAGGGUACCCCGAUAACUUCAUGUUUGCAGGCCCGACUCUGGAACGGUACAAGAUGAUAGCGGAAAGCGUCGCUCCUCGGCUGGCGCUAGCUCUUGGCAGAGAGAUAGCCAAGCAGCUGCCCUGAAAACUUUCUCCGGCCGGUUCAAAUGUUGACAACGAAGGAACGUACUCUUAAGUUGCCUUUCUAACGAGGGUGUUUUGCGUUGAAGGAUGUUAAGAUGACUGUGUUGCCGGUAUUUUGCUGCAGCAGUAGAUGGAAAUAGCCGACAUGGCUCUUUCGCAGGCUCUUCCAAUUGGCAAGGAUUGGCUAAUUUGCUGUGACUAUAAGGCUGUUUCUGAUUUCAUCGUGGAUUGUGUUUCUAGCACUUAAACAAUGCAAUAAGUUCCCAUGUAUUGAGAUAUAUCUGCAUCCCUGUGUUUUCUUGGGAACUUAGGCGGUAUAGUUCUAGGCAGAUGCCGUCUCUGCCGUUCUCCGACUGGGACCUGCGUUUGGAAAGGGCUGCCUAGGUUCUUAAGUUAAAAUACGUCCGACCGCUGUUUCCAGUGUUAAGGCUACUGCAGCGAUGAUAUCGCAUGUUUUGCGAACAUCUCUAUAACACUGCAUUUUGAAUAAUGGCUGAAACAGUCGAACUUAAGCGAAGCUCAUAUAAGGGGUCACACGCCGUCUUUUCAUUGUCGUUUGGCAAGUGUCAGUUGGCUGAAUUUGUAAGAUAUUCUCCUACUGCUCUCAACUUUAGCUAGCCAGACGUCGUUUUUGUUAGCGCUGUGUGGUUUUGAGAACCGUCCUUGCGGUAAAAGUUGCUCUGGUGACUUUCUACUCUGGGGACGCUUACUACAAUGUGCGAUUUUAUCUUAUCCAGUCUGCUGUCGUGAUGAGUCGGUCGCUUAGAAAAGACAUAGUAAAAGUUUCGUCAAUACAAAGCCUGCUGUCUCUGACCGUUAUGAACGUUGAUACUUCGCCUAGCAUUCUUUCUUGGCACUCUGCUGUGCGCCAAUAUAGAUCCGUUCAUUUGCGAACGACCAGAUGACACUGCAUAUCAGAAAUAUCUCAAUCAUCAGUAUUACCGUCAUGUUGGGACCUGCACGUGGGGCAAAACGGUUGUCAGUGUUUGCAGUUGGAAAUGCUCACACUGCUUCUAACUCUGAGCCUUCUCUGAAAUUCUCGGUGUGGACAAGCCAACCAAGCACGUUUUGAUCACUUUGUACAUCGCAGCGAAAGUGACACACUAGAUGAAACUAGCUAUUAUGUCGUUACAAAUUUGUUUUGCGUGCAGUGAACAUGUUAUGCCGCAAUUUCAGCGCCUGCAACUAUCUCUACGACGUCUCUCUCCACAUCUAUUCCAGAAGCAGCGUGAAGUUUGGUAGGUUUGUGAUAUACUUUGAGAUACUAUGAAAGCCCUUCUGUGGACAUUGGAAACGUUCAUCUGUGAGCGGCAGGGCGAGUAGUUAACACCCGAUAACUUCAAUUUGUUUCGCGUAUGUUAGACUGUGUCGAUAUUUAAAUGCUUACUUUUUGUACACGUCAUACACGGCGCUUCCCUGUUCGUGUAUCACACAAGCUAGUUGUUCUCGUGUUCCUGCUUCCCCUCAUAACCAAAGCAGAUGGAAUAGAAUUGCAGCAGUUUUAUUGCUAUUCUGGUUAUUUACCGUGUGCCUUACAGAUCUUAAUGUGAUAUUUAUGCUAUUUACCGUCGUUUGCAGCAGUUCUGACAAGAUCUCAGCAGCUGCGCUCUUUUUUUUUUUUUUUACUAAUUGAGACGUCGGCGCAGCACACAUUAGAGUAAUACGCCCAAUGAAACGUUUCUCAGUAGUCGUUUGGCGCUCAUUUUAUUAGGCAGUCAUCGGAAGUGCGCGAAGACAAAAAGGAAAUUAAUCUCGGAAUUUUUUUCGCAACGCGCUCCAGGUCGGGGUAUAGCCAACGGUUAGUCUCUGUUCUUUAUAAAUUGGGUCACAAAAUUUUAACCGGAAACAAUAUAAAAAAAGUCUCGGCAGAGCUGACCAUAGACAUUGCUGACCAUGAGAAAGUUGUCGUAACUUGCCACAAUUUCGUGCUUCAAGACUUGAUUAGAUUCAAAUCGAUGAGAUUAGGUUCUGUGAGGCCGCGAAACCGCUCAUUGAGUGUGAUACUGUUUUUUUCUUUUGCUGUGAUAUGUAUGUCUGAUACUAGUCAGCAUGUUUGUUAUGAAUCGUCAUUGUUAGUUGUUCUAACGCUAGACCACGGGCAACAGUCCUGUUGUCGCUCUCGGCUGUCUAGCGAUGUCGCAACCUGGUGCAUGAGACAUUCCGUACAGCAUUCGCAAUGGAAUUAUUUGUUCCGUGUGUCGACGUUGGGUAAUUGUCUAGAUCAACUGUUUUUGCGACUUGCGUCUUCUUGAGAGUGCCAUACAGUUUAAGAUUAUUGAUAUCUUUACUAAUAUGUUUUCUCACUAUGGGAAGUCUACGUUGUACCUGGUUAGUGAGUAUAAUAUAUAGGUUUAAUUGAACUCAAUUAUAUUUCCUUUCCUAGAAAGGAGGAGCCAGAACUAAAAGCUGUUCUGGGUCCUCAUUUCCAGAACAUAAAACAAAAUUGAGUCUGACAAGGCAAUAUAGGAUAGUUUUCUUUCGUUUUAUUUUGUUGCCCGUGAAUUUCCGAGUAAUUAAGAAAUAAAAGCUCGCAUUUAUUGGUAUUCAUUUCACUGCCGCGCCACAAUGAAGACUAGCCAUGUUUAUGUCGUAAUGUGUGUGCAAUUUUUAACGAUUUACUGUCGACCAAGUGCGUCGGCGUUUUUGUAUUGACUUGGCCUUUUCACGAAUAAAGCUUGUUAUUUUGAA